AUGGCCGGAGACGAGGAUGAGGACAAAUCGGGCCGCGGGAACGUUGAGAACGGGACGACCGCAGGCGCAGAAGGAGACAGUGUACCAGGUACUGCUGCGGAUGAUCAAAAGUCAAGAAACAGCAGUGCACGAGAAGGGGACGAGAAGGCGUCGAACAGAGGGUCCGACGAUGGUUCCGAGAACAGUGAUAGAGACGCCGAUGAGGCUGCCUCUCCGACAGAGGACAAGGAUGAGGGCAGUGACGGAGAGGGUCGAGAGAACAACACGGGCGAAGCAUCAGUAUCCAAGCGCAGUAACGGCGGUGGUACUUCUGCCGGUGAAAGGGAGAAACAAAGCGGGGAGGGUGGAGCGGGCAGCAGGAGCAACAGCGUUGUUAGUGAAAAAGUCGGUGAUGUUGCUGACGACGACGACGCCGAGAAUAGCGAAGACGAGGGGGGAGAGGGCAACGGCGGUUCAACUGGCAAAACUAGCGAGGAUUCUCCUAGCAGCGAAGAGAAAAAGUCCGGCGAUCCCGAACCCGAUGCGCAAGGAGGAGAAAGUGGUGAUUCCGCCACGAGUGCAAGCGCCGAAAAGGGGAAGGACAGCGAGGCGGCCAAGAAUGAGGUCGAUGCCGAGGGAAAGAACGACGGCAGCCAGGGGACGAAGCUGGAAAAAGGAGUAGCUGGUGGUGCUCUUGCCAUCGAUGUCGCAACUGCCAAUGGCGAGAAGAACGUCGAUGGCGGGCCUGCGUCCGAUACCGCGUCCAAAGCAAGCAGCUGUGUCGAGGAGGACAUUGACGAGAUGGAGGUGGAUCUAGAUACGCCCUGGGAGAAACCAUCGACUGAACGCGCCAAGAGAGCGGGAAAGCGGAUGAUCUGGAACAACGGAAUGAGGUCCUACUUCAGCACCAGCAUCAAGGAGAUCGGUUCCAUGGGCGUGGGCAUGUACCUCUACUUCUGGAUGGUGCGGAUUGUUGCCAUCAUGUUCUGUAUCUGUGCAUUCCUUUCCAUCCCGGCGAUGGUCCUCAACCACGAGGGCAACGCGGGAAUGGCGAUAUCGGAGACCGAUGUGGACUCUCUCGGUCUGGUGGCGCUAAGCUACGGCAAUCAGGGGCUGAACCCCGACCUCGUGGUGGAAAGUGGGUGUAUCUCGAGCAACGGCACUGUCGAUUGCACCGGGGAAACCGUCCAGGUUAUGGGGGAAGCGAAGGACGUACUGUGGGUCGGCUACAUCCUGGUCGGGGGCGAGAUCUUGAUCGCCAUUUUUUUCGUAUUUUUUAUUGUGAUCUUAUCCGAGAGACUAAAGGCAAAAAUUGACGAGAUCGACGACGCGAACGUCACGCCCGGGGACUACACGGUCAUGGUGCGAGGGCUUCCCGCUGACGUCACCAAGGAAGAGGUGGCCCCCUCGGUAGUCGAGUACGCGGAACUGGGGACCGGAGCCUCCGCCUUUGGAAUGGGCGUGUGCACCGUGCUCCUCUGCGUGCUGUCCGUGUACGCGAUCGUCGAAGGGUGCGGCAUUGGGCGUCCGAGAAAGAGGGACACGCCUCUGCAGGAAUGGGAAAAGGGGAGGAAGCAGCGGGAGAAGAAUAAGAGAAAGGCGGCGGCCUCGUCAUCCAAGUAUUCAGCCAGUUCGGGAAAGGUCAUUCCAGUAGAGACUGCUCCCGAUGCUGCCCCCGCCGCCACCGGCGCAGCCGAUGGUGACAAUGUCAUCGCCAAGGACUUCGAUUUCGCGGCGACGGCGAAUGGGAGCGCGGGGGAGAUGGCGAGGUUGGAGGAGGGGGCUGGGGGAGGGGGGGGUGGCGAGGCAGGGGGGUUGACCCCGCCGUUGGCCAUGCCAAUUAUUUCCCCUGCGCCGGACGCGAAGCCGCCCGAAGACCCGCCGAAACGGAGCUUCCACGACGAGCGACCGCCGGACCCUCUGCCCUGCCAGAGCUGCCUAAACACCCGCGACAAGUCUUUCGUAGGCGGAUGGGUCGCCGACGUCGUGCUGGGUAACCCCGUAGGGGAUGUUCUCAUGGGCUUCAUGGACCAAGAGGAAGCGUUAGCCAAGAUCAGCAAGGCCCGGACGGUCGUGCGGCAGAUGAAGACGCUGGGGAAGGCCAAGAAGCUCGCCAAGGCGGAAGCAAAGCUCGCGAAGCUCAAGGCGAAAGAGGCACGUACACGAAGGGGGGGAGGAACAAGAGAAAACGUUGAGGCCCUGAUGGCCGCGACCCGGAAAAAGCGGGAUCCCGCAGCGUUAGAGUCAAUCUCGGUGGCCUUCGUGACCUUCGAGCACGAGGAGAGCAAAAGGAGAUGCCUGGAGGACUACCGCUACAGCCGAAGGAGCUUCUGCAGGCGGUUUCAACCAGUGAAGCUCCAGCUCUCCCGCAAGCCGGCCGACGAGGAGGAACAACAGCAGGAUGGCCAAGCGCCGCCUGGCCGUCGGGGAAGAAAGAAGAAACCGCGUCCGCAGAGGUGGCGUCUCAAGGUCUUCCAGGCCCCGGAACCCGGCGAUGUGAAGUGGGAAAACCUGGACGUAACUCCGACGUCUCGCAAGUUAAGGAGGGCCGUCACAUCGCUGGUGUGCGUCGUGCUGCUCAUCCUCAGUUUCGCCAUUAUCUACCUCGCCCAGACAGAGCAGGCAAAACUCCAGGAGCGGAUCCCGGCGUUGGAUACCUGCGAGGAGACGAUUCCUGCCGUCGUUUUUGGAACGUAUGACUUUCCGCUGGACGCCGCGUUGCAGAGAGACGACUCCAUGGACAGCUCCUGCGCGGACGGCAGCUUCUACCUCGCCUUCGCCGCCAACGCCACCGACCCGGACUCGAGCCAGCUGGACUACGACAACCUGCCCCCCAUCUUCUCCGCCGACGGGACCAACGUGUCCCGCGCCUCGUUCGUGGCGGCCAACGACGCGGACCAGCUGUGCGACGACCCUUGCCAGCCGGCGAGCGGCGGCAGCACCUGCCGUGCCCUGUCGUGCUACGAGGAUAGCUGGGAGGUGGGCUACGGCUGCGUGAGCUACCCGCAAUCCACCAUGAUCGGCUGCUUCUGCCUGGAUGCGGUCGUGACCAGCUUCCAGGAGCAUGGCCUCGUGGACGGGGCCAAGGUGGUGGCGAGGGAGCAGGGAGAGGUCUGCGCACCCUUCCUGAGGGACUACGCCACGACCAACGCCAUCAAGAUUCUUGCGGUGAUGUCGGUGGUGAUCGUCAACACCCUGCUCACGAGCGUCAUGGGCAAGUUGGCCAAGUUCGAGCGGCACGUGUCGCUGUCUGACUACACCUCUACGGUUACGGCCAAGCUGGCCCUCGCCCAGUUCCUCAACACCGCUCUCAUCGUCAUCAUCGUCAACGCCGGCUACACCGGCGGUGGCCUUGGCUUCCUGCAGGACUUGGGCGUGCUAGCGGGUGAGUACAACGACUUCGAGAGGAGCUGGUACGCCACCGUGGGCGUGGCAGUCGCGAUGUCGAUGCUCAUCAACGUCGUCGUGCCUCACGCCACGACCUUGGUGGGGGAAAUAAUCGUGAACCCGAUCAAGCGGUUGUUCAAGCGGCGAUCGGUAGCGACGCAGGCGCAGAUGAACAGCCUGUACAAGCCUCCCAAGUUUGACAUGGAGUCGCGCUACGCCUUCUUGCUUCAGGCAUGUUUAUUUGCUUUUCGCGUAUUGGGGGUGUCGCUUCUCUACUCUGGAGGUAUUCCCAUUCUUUAUCUUUUCGCAUCCUUCAGUUUCGCCACGAACUUCGUCGUCGACAAGCAACCUCCAAUGUACACAGCGGCGCUGGCUAAGAUGUUUGUAGGAGUGCUCCCGAUCGCACUGCUCGUGCAUAUGUCGACGGCGUGCUACAUGCUCGGGAACGUCGACAUCCUGAACAUUGGCGAUGAAGCCCAGACCAUCGCAGAGGCGCUGGACGGCCAGGGCGUGUCCGGUCUGGUGGCAGACCACGUGCUGCGCAAGCACGUCUUCCCCCUCUUCGUCCUGACGGCCUUGUUCAUCGCGCUGUACGUGGCCUACAAGAUCGUAGGGGACCCGCUAUUGCAGAUUGUGAAGGCAAGUGCGGCGGGGGGGGACGGGGAGGGGAGGAUCGAAUACGCGGCGCGAUAUGGAGGACACGCGAGAGACAACAGCCAGUCCGCAACGCCAAACGCGAUGACGACACGCAAUGCUGCAGGGUACACGGCCGAGUUCUUUCGGGUGCUAGGGGAGGGCGAGAAGAUAGACGCGGACGAGCUGAAGAUGGGCUGGGUGGAGCGCGAGCAAAACGGCAAAAAAGUCGCCAAGUGGAUUUGUCUCGAAGAUGGUCCGGGUCCCAGGGGCGUCAAGUACAAACCCGGGGUGCCUCGGCAAACGUGGCAGGUCAUCGCCGAGAUCGGGCAAUACAAUUACGUCAUGGAAGAGAGCGACCACGCUGGCGUAGCCACCAGAUACAUGGCGACGGCCGGUUUCUUGAGCCCUCGCAUGAAGGAGAGAGAACAAGCGAAGCAGUUGAAGAUGACCAACAAGCUCGCCGUCGCCGUUGAGGAGGGUGCUGAAAUCCCGAAAAAAACGGCCGAGGCGGCCGAGGCGGCUGAAGCGGCACCGACAGCGGGAGCGGUAGGCCCAACGAACGAAGCCAAAACCACCGCACCACCGGCGGCAGAAGCAUCUCAGCAGGGUGCGCCUGCCGCUGCAAGCGCAGAAAAGCCAGAAGACAAGCCCGCUGGAUCAGCGGGCCCAGACAAAGGGAAGGCGACAAGCGGCACAGAAGAAGAACAUAAGGCCGAAGAAAAGGAAGAUUCGACCCCGGACGCGGCAGAUGUUGUUUCCAGCGAAGGCAAGGAGAAAUCGGAUGACGCUGCCGCCGGAGAUGCUGCGACUGAAGCCGAGGAAGACAAAGAAAAGCCGGAUGGGGAUGACGACAAGAAAAGCGAGGCGCGAAACACGUCCGAGCGUAGCAAGUCUGGCGCCGACGAAGACAAAGACCAGCAAGCCUCCGACAACGACGACGACAAGUCCAAGCAAGGCUCAGAAAAUGACGACGGCGGAUCCAAGCGCGAUGCCGCUACCGAUGACGAUGCGUCCGUCUCGAAGCCGGCCGACGACCAAGAGAGUCGGCGAUCCGACGCUGAAUAG